AUGUCGACGACUAUUGCUGUCGCAUUCCCUGAUUAUAUCAAUCAAAGAUACAAGAGGGCACUUGGUCUCGUGAGAAACCUGCCCAAGAAGAGUCUAUUCCAGCCAAGCAAUGCCGAUAAAUUGAAUUUAUAUGGCCUUUACAAGCAGGCAUCAUUUGGAGAUAUCAAUACCCCGCAGCCUGACCGAUGGGAUUUACUGAAUAGGGCCAAAUGGGAGGCAUGGCGUCAGUACAGAGGAAUGGACGCAACGUCAGCAAAGCAGCAAUAUGUUGAUUCUCUCAUUGGAUGUGUGAUACAGGUGAGUAAAAUGGACGUGUUGGGUACACUUUCAUAA